AUGCAGGACAGCCCCCAGAUGGUCCUGGGGGACACUUUCCUGAGAGCGUCCUCGCCGCCCAAUGGUCAAGACAUCUUUCAAGAAGGGUCCCAUAAAUUUCUCUGCAGAGAUGCGGAAGGAUGGGGGCCGAUAAGCUCGGCGCGAAAUGAUUUCACUCCGUGCUUCCUGGAAAUCAGCAUCGCCUCCGUUGCUAUCUACGGACUGCUAUUCGGUGCAGGCGCGAUCUGGAUCUUGUCCAAGAAUGCUGCGCAGCCAGUCAAGAAGAAUUGGCACUUCUAUGCUAAACUGGCGGUGAUUUUCGCGACCAUCGUGACCACAGGACUCCAAAUCUUUUUUGAAGUUUACGCAGGGACCAGAUUAAACGACAUCCAGAUUUGGUCCACGAUCUCCGUGUUGAUUUCCCUGGGCAUCAUCGUUGCGAUCCAGUAUCUUGAACAUCGGCGGAGCAGACAUCCUAAUGGGGUCGUUUUAUUCUAUUGGUUACUCCUGACCAUCGCCUACGCAUUCAAGUUGCAGUCACUCGUGAGACGUGAGGUCUACGAAAGCGAGGCCAACCGCUUCUUUGUCUUCAUCGCAACUCUUGGUUUAGCUCUGGUGCAAUUUGUUCUCGAGUACUGGGUGCCAAAGAACCAGUCCGAUUACAGUGCGAUCGAGAACGAGUCACCAUAUGAGAGUGCAGACAUCUUUGCUGUAAUCACAUUCUCCUGGUUGACCCCAAUGAUGAAAUACGGAUACGAGCAUUAUAUCACUCAGGACGACCUAUGGAAGCUACCUCACGACAGCACCACCCGUGUCACUGGUGACAACCUCGCUAAACAGUGGGACAAAGAGGUGGCAAGCAAGAAAGCGCCUUCCUUGUGGCUGGCUCUCAUUCGGACUUACCGGGGCCCAUACAUAUGGGGAAUCAUUUUGAAAUGCGCUAGCGAUGUUUUCGCUUUCAUUCAACCGCAACUGCUAAGAGUCCUUAUUGCAUUUAUCGAAUCUUAUCGGACGGACGCACCCCAGUCGCCGGUCAGAGGAGUCGCUAUUGCAGUGGUCAUGUUCUUGGUGUCGACUCUGCAAAGUGUCCUGAUUCAUCAACACUAUCAGAGGGCAUUUAAUACAGGGAUGCAGGUGAAGUCUUCUUUGACGUCACUGAUCUAUGUUAAAGCGCUGAAGCUCUCAAACGAAGGCCGCUCCUCGAAAACGACUGGCGACAUCGUGAAUCAUAUGUCGGUUGACCAGCAGCGUAUCUCCGAUUUCGCGUCAAGUGGUGCACAGCUUGUAUCUGGUCCGUUCCAAAUAAUCAUCUGUUUGGUAUCCCUGUACCAGCUUGUUGGACCGAGUAUGUUUGCCGGGGUUGGUGUGAUGGUAAUUAUGAUACCUCUGAACAGCUUUAUCACUCGGUCCAUGAAAAGGGUGCAGAUUACGCAGAUGAAAAACAAAGACGCCAGAACCCGCCUCAUGACCGGUAUUCUUAACAAUAUGAAGAGCAUCAAGCUUUACGCGUGGAGCGAGGCCUUUAUGACGAAGUUGAAUCAUAUUCGAAACGACAUGGAGCUAAAGACUCUGAAAAGAUUCGGUGUCAUGCAAGCUUUCGCAAACUUUGCAUGGAAUCUGGCUCCUUUUCUAGUUUCCUGUGGCACUUUUAGCAUCUUUGCUCUCACAAGUGGUCGUCCUCUUACCACAGACAUCGUUUUCCCCUCCCUCACGCUUUUUAAUCUACUCGCCUUCCCACUCGCUAUAUUACCAAUGACGAUUACUGCGACUGUGGAAGCUGGUGUUGCAGUCAAACGUAUCACAGACUAUCUUAUGGCCGAGGAGUUACAAACGAAUGCUGUCGACGUUGAAGAUCGUGUUGAAAAUGCUGGAGAGGUGUCUAUCGAAAUCUUGGACGCUUCCUUCACGUGGGACAGACACCAAGGAGAGGAUGGCCAGGUCUUGAAGAAUCUCCACUUCAAAGCUAGAAAAGGAGAAUUGAGCUGCCUUGUGGGUCGGGUGGGAUCUGGCAAGUCAUCAUUGCUACAAGCUAUCCUUGGUGAUCUCUGGAAAGCAACUGGUCGGGUAAUUGUCCGUGGACAGGUAGCCUAUGUUGCCCAGACGCCCUGGAUUAUGAACACAUCCAUCAAAGAGAAUAUUCUUUUUGGCCACCGAUGGGAUCCCGAUUUCUACAACCUCACUCUGGAAGCCUGUGCACUACAGGAUGACAUGAAGAAUUUGCCCGACGGUGACAGGACUGAGGUCGGUGAGCGAGGAAUUUCACUCUCAGGGGGUCAAAAAGCCCGACUGUCCCUCGCCAGGGCUAUCUACGCCCGGGCAGAUAUUUACCUCUUUGACGACAUUCUCUCGGCGGUGGAUCAACAUGUUGGACGGCACCUGAUUAAUCGUGUUCUCGGAAAGGACGGCAUCUUGAGCACCAAAACUCGGGUGCUCGCGACGAACACACUCAGUGUCUUGAAGGAAGCGGACUUCGUGACACUCCUUGCAAACAAAACUCUCGUCGAGAGCGGUACAUAUGCGCAUCUUGUGGCUGCGAAUGGAGAAGUAGCCAGACUCCUCAAAACCGGCGUGAAGAACUCCAACAAUAAGAGUUCAAGCAGUGGCUCCAAUACCCCCCGCAAAGUUAAUGAGCCGGAUCAGGAUGCUUCUGACUUUGAGCAAGAACCUCCGACUCCGCUUCUCAUUCCAUCAGGUGCUGCCACUCGACGUGGAAGUACCGUCACACUCCGCCGCGCAAGUACUGUGAGCUGGCAUGGCCCAAAUCGCAAGCUAGGGGAUGAAGAAACCGGUAAAUUGAGGACGCGGAAGAAGGGGGAAAGUUCUGCUCAAGGCAAGGUCAAAUGGGCUGUGUACUGGGAGUAUGCCAAGGAAAGCAACAUCGUUGGCGUCUUGUUUUAUUUCAGCGCUAUUUUGGCGGUUCAAACUGGGCAAGUUGGCAGUGGUUUCUGGCUGAAAUAUUGGUCGGAGAGUGGAGAUCGCGGUGAUUCUCCCACUGUCGGCUACUUCAUCGGAAUCUAUUUUGCCCUCGGUAUGGCGUCGGCUGCGAUGGUUAUUGUGCAAAAUCUGCUUUUGUGGAUCUUCUGCGCAAUUGAGGCAUCUCGAAAGCUGCACCAACGCAUGGCUUUCUCCAUUUUCCGCUCGCCCAUGAGCUUUUUUGAGACGACCCCCUCCGGACAGAUUCUGAAUCGCUUUUCCAGUGACAUUUAUCGCCUUGAUGAGGUACUCGCCCGCGCAUUCAACACUUUAUUCAACAACCUGAGCAGACUGCUAUUCACGACUGUUGUUAUCUCAAUUUCCACCCCUGCAUUCCUCUUUGUUAUUGUUCCUCUAAGUUGGAUCUAUCACCGCUACCAAAGAUAUUAUUUGCGGGCCUCGCGCGAACUCAAACGACUGGACAGCACCUCCAAAAGCCCAAUAUUCGCCCACUUCCAGGAGACUCUCAACGGUACCUCAACGAUCAGAGCCUUCAGGCAGCAAAAUAUAUUCUCCCUUGAGAAUGAGUGGUAUAUGGAUGCUAACCUGCGCGCUUAUUUCCCGUCUAUUAAUGCGAAUCGUUGGCUGGCAAUUCGCCUGGAAUUCAUUGGAUCAGUGGUCAUUCUCGCAGCUGCAGGGCUAUCGGUCCUUUCAGUGGCAACUGUUCCCAACUCGACCCUUUCGGCUAGUAUGGUCGGCCUUGCAAUGUCUUAUGCUCUUCAAAUCACCCAGUUCUUGAAUUCUCUUGUUCGACAGACCGUCGAGGUGGAGACAAAUAUUAUCUCGGUUGAGCGUGUGCUCGAGUACGCUAGCCUGCCUAGCGAAGCUCCCACCGUGAUUGAGAACAAACGCCCACCUAGCAGCUGGCCCGUAGAUGGAACCGUCUCUUUUGAAGACUACAGCAUGCGUUACCGCGAGAAUCUUGAUCUUGUGUUGAAAGGCAUUACCAUCAAUAUCAAGCCACACGAGAAGAUUGGUGUCGUUGGCCGUACAGGUGCAGGCAAAAGCUCUCUUACUCUGGCCCUGUUCCGCCUUGUCGAACCCGCAGGUGGUAAAAUUGGUGUCGAUGGCAUAGAUGUGUCCACUAUCGGUCUCGAUGACCUGCGGAGUCGCCUAGCCAUCAUUCCCCAAGAUCCCGCCAUCUUCGAGGGUACUAUCCGAGAAAAUCUAGACCCCCAUGGAAACCACGACGAUACUGACCUGUGGCGUGUGCUUGAACAAUCGCGGUUGAAGGACUACGUCGAGCAGUUGGAGGGCAAACUUGAUGCAAAGGUACAGGAGGGAGGUAUGUUCACCAUGACAGAAUCAAGUGACCGCUCCAUGAUUUGUGACUUUGAUUUGACAAAUCUUUCGACAGGGUCGAACCUGAGCCAGGGCCAGCGCCAACUUGUAUCUCUUGCUCGGGCAUUGUUGACUUCGAGCAAUAUCCUCAUCCUAGAUGAAGCUACGGUAAGUUUUCCCAGUGACCCAAGAAAGGCUCCUCCACGCAGUCUGAUUGACAUUUUGAAACAGGCCGCCGUCGACGUGGAAACAGAUGCCGCUCUCCAGCAAACCCUUCGGAGCGAUGUCCUGAAGAGCCGCACAAUUAUCACCAUCGCACACCGUAUCAACACCAUCAUUGAUUCGGACCGAAUCCUUGUACUGGACAAAGGCAAGGUUGUUGAAUUCGAUACCCCUACCAAGUUACUCAAUGAUCGGGGCGAGUUCUACGAGUUGGUCAAAGAAGCGGGUCUGCUAGAGGAAGGAGAAGAGGCGGCCAUACUAAUGGAUUGA